ACCCACGUGCGCAUUUGCAAAAAUGGCUACUCUUGGUCGUGGCUCUAGUGCUUCAAUGGUGCUUAACUCUUACCACCAGGGAGCAGAGUACGUUCUAAAGAACGAGAUGGGGCCGGCACACUCCAAGGUUUUUGAGUAUGCGGUUAAGAUAGGCGGUAAAGAGUAUUAUGGCAAAGGGAAGAGCAAGAAAGAAGCUAAACAAGCUUGUGCUGCUAAUGCCCUUAAUAAGAUACAUGGUAUCAAAGUACAACUGGGAACAGGAGCUUAUGAAGGAGGAGAGAAAGUUGUAGAAAAGCCAACUAUCCCAGUGUAUGGUGCUGAGCCUAACCUCUCCUCACUCACUCUACCUCCACUCCCUUCUCCAUUGUUUGCUGGUCUCCCUUUAUCCUCUCCUAACGAUACAACACAAAUAGCAGGGACUCGUCGCUCUCUACCUUUUGAAGAGUCCUUGUCAGGACUACCACCUGCUAAACGUAUUCCUUCUGCACAGCUUCAAGAUGAUUCCUUUUCCACUCAGAACCCGGUCAGUGUCCUUAACGAAAAGCAGGUCGGGGCUGUGUACCUAGUGGGUGAGAACUUAGGGAUGCCUCAUCUCCCUCGCUUUGAAGCUACCGUCAAAGUGAGAGGAUGGGAAUUCAAAGGUGAGGGGACUUCUAAGAAAGCAGCCAAAUCAGCAGCAGCUUCAAAUGCACUCCAGUAUCUAGCCAACGUACACACCAUUGGAUCCUCUGCUACUAAUACACAGGAGAAUGCUGGAGGUCAGCCUAAUCAAAUGCUAGCUGAUAGGGUGGCUGCACUCAGCGAAGAGAAGUUCAAUGAGCUAACGCCAGGUAUGACUAAUAUCCCUGGACUCAAGAAGGUGCUGGCAGCCAUUGUCCUCAUGCAAGGUAGUCAGGGUACAGGCAUGGUCAGUUAUGACGUCGGGGGAGAAAUUGUUGCGCUUGGUACCGGGACUAAAUGCAUCAGUGGUGAGAACUUGAGUCAAGAUGGAUCGACCGUCAAUGAUUGUCAUGCUGAGGUCAUUGCUAGGAGAUCAUUGAUAAGGUUCCUGUACAAGCAACUGAACUUAUGUGCAAAAGAUGCCGAGUCAUCUUCAAUAUUUGAGAGGCAAGAGAGUGGUCUGUAUCGCCUUAAGCCAGGAGUAUCCUUCCACAUGUACAUCAGCACUGCUCCUUGUGGUGACGCUAGGCUAUUUUCACCCAACGAGUCAAAACUUGACGACAGUCAUCCUGGAAGGCAGUCUCGUGGUGUUGCUAGAGUCAAAAUAGAAGCUGGCGAAGGUUCAGUUCCAGCGACUAACGAGUUACAGACGUGGGGUGGGAUCCUUGCUGGCCAGCAGAGACUAAGGACCAUGUCGUGCAGCGAUAAGAUAGCACGAUGGAAUGUACUGGGUCUUCAAGGAUCUCUACUCUCGCAUUACAUAGAGCCCAUCUACCUCAAGUCUUUAACUGUCGGUAAUCUCUUCUCUAAUGAUCACAUGACAAGGGCCCUAUACACUCGUAUGUGCAGUAUUAGUGGCCUACCAGAAACUUACAUAGUCAACUAUUCACUUCUACUGGGGAUCAGUAAACCACCACAGAGGAAUGUAGUGAAACCAUCAAGUCUUAGCUUAAACUGGAGUUGGGGUGACUCUACAGUCGAGAUAAUUAAUUCUAGGACUGGCAAAGCUGAAGACAAGCCGUCAAGGAUUUCAAAGACGAGUCUUUUUGGACAUUUUUUGAGCCUCUGGGACGCACUGUCAAGCAACAAGGAUUGGGUUAAUCCUAGAGAAGGCGAGACUAUCUCAGGAAAGACUGCAAAGGAGUUGUCUUCAAGGUAUGACUAUGGUCAGAUUAAGGGACUCUCUGCUAGUUAUUCUAAGGCGAGGGUUAUGGUUGAGGAUCAUUUUGCUAAGCACCUUGGAUCAUCCUGGGUCAAGAAACCACCAGAACAGAACAACUUUAAACAAAAGCCUCCUUCAAAGUUGUAGAGCAUGCACCAUAUGUUUUCCUCUGUUCUUCUUUCCUUUCCUUUCGAUAUUAUUGAGUUGCAUUAUAUGUGAUUGUAGCACUUAUUAUAUGAUAAUCAACUCUUCAUAGUUUGUAUGUAUAGGGCAUUGUUUCGUAGUACAAAUUAUAUUUCAAU